AUGGGUGCAGACGAGCUACCAGCAAACAACCUUCAGACUUCGGGCAGUGAUUCGAACAAGACUGGGCAAAAUGAAGGCAUCGCCUUUACUGCUCGUGUCCACAAUAUCUCUGUCGAUGAAAACAGCGGCUCAAUUGCUUUUCUUUUAAGAAGAAAUGGCCAAUUCUUCCAAUCCGAGUUGAAGAGUACAGGCUGCGCGGACUCCGCCAUUUUUACCACAGCUCAAUGCCUAACACCCGAAUCGCUUGUUCGCAUCUCGUGCGUUAUAACCGCGCCCGACAAUGCAACCUCAGAGACCUUAUUUAUUACUCAGAUAUCUUCACUGGACAUAUUGUCCGAAGCAACGGCCAAUCUCCCAAGUAACCUCAAGCUACAUGGAGCUCCUGGAGAGACUCUGCCUUCGCUGAAUGAGCGGAUACUUCUUUUAGACACAAGGCUCGACCACAGACUUUUGGACGCUCGGGUUGCGGCCACGGCCUCAAUCUUCAAACUCUUCUCGGCAGUGCAUCAAUUGGCCGUCAAGUAUAUGGCAAUCCACGAUUUUCACUACAUUCCGACGCCGGCAUUCGUGGGCUAUGAGUUCCCCGCUGAGGAGGAAGAUCACUUCUAUCUCGAUUAUCUUGGCAGGCAAGCGAUGUUGGCACCAACCGGCGAGGUGCAUCUAGGAAUGGCGCUCGCUGCAGAUCUUGAACGUGUCUACGAUAUUCAUACCGUCUUUCGUCGAGAACCCAAGAGUGAUGGAAGACAUCUGACAGAGUUUACAAUGCUUGAGCUCGUGUUUGCGCUGAAGAAUGAUUGGACCGAGAUUCUUGAGCUCGCAGACAGUCUCUUGGUGUUCCUUUUGCGGUCCUUGCAAGAAGACGACAAGUAUGCCAAACUCACAGCAGCUGCGCAAAGGCUGUAUCCUGCUGCUGGAAGCUUCAAGCUGGGCUUGGAUAAGAACGGCAAGCUUCCGCGCGUACGAUUUGAUGAAGCUAAAGCUAUCCUUCGUGAUCACCUCAGCAGAGUGGCGAACGCCGAGGAAGACCUUACGAGAGAGGAAGAAGCAUCGCUAGGAGAGCUUCUUGCGAGCGACAAGUCGCCUCUGGACUCACCUACUGAUAUAUUCAUAAUAACUCACUUUCCAACCCACCUUCGUCCAUGCAAUGUCUCUUCAUUGGGACAGGAUGAUGCGACGACGAAUUCAUUCGACAUCAUUCUGCGUGGGCAAGAAAUUGUCACGGGAUGCCAACUGCUUCACUCCUAUAAAGAAGUGAGAUCAGCCUUUACGAAUCGCGCGCAUCCCAUCGAUCCAGAUUGUCCCGGGUGGCGGCCAUAUACCGAAGCGCACGAGAUUGGGAUGCCGCCAUGGGGCGGUUUUGGGCUUGGACUGAAUCGUCUUGUUCAGGGAUAUCUGGGUUUGGUUGAUGUUCGCGAGACUGUUCUUUUCCCGCGCGAUGCAUAUAGGCUGGCGCCGUGA